UUUUACGUUGAAGAGACUUUCUGGUUGAAUUGAUAUUUUAUUCUUAAAAUACAUUAUGUUGCGACCUAGAUAGGCUGGUAACAAUGUAUAUAUAAAUAUCACGCAAAAGUUAUGACUACUUUGCAUAGCAGGCGGACGCACGCGUGGAAAGUUAUGAAGUCAAGUGAGUUCGAUCCUAUUUAAAGAGCCACGAAAACAUAGUGGAAUGGGCAGAUUUCAUCCAGUCGAGGAAACGGAGGGUCCCGGAUUUUGUUUAUUGCUCGACGGGGUUUUUUUAAAUUAUUUUUUUAAAUUGCACAUCUGCAGUUUGAUUUCUAUCUUUGCUGUUGGAACUGAAUGUCUCUGUAAUUUGUUAGUUUAGUUUGGCGAAUGGAAACUCAACGGCACGCGCACAUCAUCAUGAAUAUCGUCACUGAAUUAUUCGUGGUCACUUUUAAAAUAAUCUGGUCGUUUGUGCUGGCCGGUGGUAAAUGGUUUAUUCGGCCACGGGAAAAGAGUGUAGAGGGCCAGGUGUGUGUUAUUACCGGUGCAGGAAGCGGUCUCGGACGGUUGUUCGCAUUGGAGUUUGCCCGGAGACGAGCGAUCCUUGUUUUGUGGGACAUUAACCGACAGGCUAACGAGGAGACCGCUGAGAAAGUGCGUGAAAUUUACCGAAAAAUGAAGCCGUCCGCUGGGUCUUCAGAUAGUGUUCAAGAGUUGCCUCUGUUCCAGCUGAAAGUUUACACAUAUUUUUGUGACGUCAGUAAACGCGAGAGUGUGUAUUCGACUGCAGAGAAGGUGCGAAAAGAGGUGGGCAACAUUGACCUGUUGAUCAAUAAUGCUGGAGUUGUCUCAGGACGUCAUCUUCUUGAGUGUCCAGAUGAGCUUAUUGAAAGGACUAUGAUGGUCAACUGCCAUGCUCACUUCUGGACUACGAAAGCUUUUCUUCCCAAGAUGCUGGAGCGGAAUCACGGACACAUUGUAACUGUUGCUAGUUCAUUGGGCUUGUUCACUACUGCUGGUGUGGAGGACUAUUGUGCAAGCAAGUUUGGAGCCAUAGGCUUCCAUGAGUCUUUGAGCCAUGAACUGAAAGCAGCUGAUAAGGAUGGAAUAAAGAUGACGCUUGUCUGUCCUUUUUUAGUUGACACUGGCAUGUUCAAAGGCUGCAAAAUUAGGAAAGAAAUGGCUCCACUUUUCCCACCGCUAAAGCCGGAGUACUGUGUAAAACAGGCCAUGAGAGCCAUACUAACAGACCAAGCAAUGAUCUGCACACCACGAAUCAUGUACAUGGUCACCUUCAUGAAAACCAUUUUGCCGUUUGAUGCCAUUGUGUGCAUGUACAGAUUUAUUGGUGCUGAUAAGUGCAUGUACCCCUUUCUGGCUCAACGGAAGGAGUCCACGAACAACAAUGAAUCAAAGACUGGAAUCUAACUGGUUCUGACUGAGCAGUGCUGCUAAAAUCUGUGUAGUUCCUCUGGAACGAUGAAAGCUGUAUAUUACAGUUUUUCCAGAUGACCUUUUGCUGUCAAAUUUGAGAAUGCAAGAAUUGUGAGAAUUGAGAAUGCAGUUGUAUAUCACAUUUAGCGGUUAGCCUUAAUUAUUAAAUGCUGUCUUACUGUAAAAAUGCAUAAGAAGGCCUGUCACCUAUUUAUAUGUAUUCACUUUAUUUGUUGUGUACUGUUGCUUUCCUCAACAUUCCAUGACUUUGUCACUUUAGAGGUUUUAUCCUCUUAAUAACUCUACAAAAUGCACUACAUGUAUUGAAAGUAUUUCUUUUUGUGGUUUUGAUUUGGAUAAUACCAAUGAUUAUGAUGCACAAGAUUAUCAGACUCAGAGAAUGCCAUAAGUGCUUAUUGUUAAAUAAACAGUCUUCCUAUAAUCAUG